AUGGCGCAAAAUGAGCCCACAGUCGCAGUGACACGCAGAAACUUCACUACAGAGUAUCACCACGACACAUACAAGCGACUCCAGGCCCGGCUACCAAACGCAGCAGCCUCUGGAAAAUCAGUCCUUCUCACUGGGGCCGGCAAGGGGAUUGGCAUCUCCAUCGCGCUGGCCUUUGCACGUGCAGGGCCCCGAGUCAUUUUCCUUUGCGGCCGCACCCGCGCGACGCUCGAGGAGACGAGGGCCAAGAUCUUGAAGGAGAGUCCGACGAUUCGAGCCGAGGUCAUUGUCGUUGAUAUAGGCAAGGGAGUCGCAGAAUGUCUGCAGGCGUUGGCGGCCGCUCGCAAUCUUGAUUCCGGGCGUUCUGUGGACAUCCUCAUCAACAACGCCGCGUAUCUUGCUUCCGCGCGUGUCGUGGGCGACGAUGACAGCCUAGCCCAUGUCCAAGAGCAGUUCGAAGCUAAUUGGAAACAUUACGAGGUCAACGUCAAGGGCUCACUCGCGUUGGCAACAGCUUUCCUGCGCAACUGCGUACCGAGUAAUCCGGUCAUCAUCAACAUCUCCUCUGGCGCUGCUGUCCUUGACUAUGUCCCAGGGAUAGGCUGUUACGCAUCUAGUAAACUUGCCACACUCAAGAUGUACUCUGAUCUUAGUUUCGAGGAGACGGCUCGCGGCUCGAGGAUCUUCCAUCUCCACCCUGGCUCCGUUCAGACGGCCAUGUCUGCCCCGGGAGCGAGCUCGCCAGACACAGGUACGCAUACCCGGGUGCCGCUGGACUGA